UAGGAAGUCCGGUCGCUACACUGCGGUCCGCAGCAGGCGCCGGGAUGAAAGACCCAAGCUUCCAACCAAGAGCUGAUCGACGAUCAUAAACCGUAUUACUGUGUUUAUUUGAACGGAUCCACGUUGUGACGACUAGAACAAUGUAUCCUUUUUUCAGAAUGCUCUCACGUCGCGGUAUACCACCCGAGUUUUUGGCGCCUGUCACAGCAGCACACAGCAGUACACUGCCCUGGCCCUUACAUCCUUUUAAAACCUCGAGAUCGUCACUCACCAGUAAACCAUAUACUCAGCAAAGAUGUGGACCUGGCUUACUCACGAGUCGAAUGCGCAACGCAAGUUCAUCGAGCUUAUCUUUGAUCGAACUGGAAAGUAUCCCAACUGGGACCCACCCUCGGAAAUUCCAGUUGGGUCAUUCGGAUUGAUCGACAAAGACACGGGCAAUUUUUUCCCCAAAGGAUCCAUCUACUCCAACGACUUCCAGCCGUAUCUCCUCAGUGCAGGUAUCGACCCCAAGUCCGACGAGCAUCAUCCCAAAGACUGUCCCGAAGAGUCUGAAUUCACUACUUGGUCGAAUCAGCACACAGGUGUGCCUGGGAUUGCCGAAGCUAGUAUCAAAGGAACAUGGCAGGUCAAAAAAGGAGCUACUGGCGCCGUCUCAAUGCAUCUCGUUACCAAGGUCUUUUAUUGUCCUGCCUUCUCCAUGUACCUAUCAGACAAAAGCGGAGAAAAUAUCAGCAUCGCUCUUCUAGCUUCCGCCCCCGUUGUAGCGCCCGUUGGCACUGCCGGUGCGAUGGCUGAGAUGAAAUGGUGGAGUGACACACAAGCUGGAUUGGCACGCAACGGGAUGCAAGACGGAGCAUUGCAUCGCCGCAAUAGGCGGGCGACACCAUCUCCCGAACGCACAGGCGAACAAUUAUGGGUUGCCCCUCCCGUUCCAUGGGCGCCUCUCGAUGAAGAUGGUCAAGAGGUGCCGGUGUACAUCAACGAAGAUACGGAUUCCAGUGACUCUGAGGAAGAGUGAGGACUCCAAGAACGUACUCCCAGUGAAUAAUCAUUGGCAGCAAUACCCAAACAACUCGCUUCCUAUAGUACAAAUAUUGAUGUGUUUGUGUUGGGAUUGAUGACGAGUUUGCAUUAUAUCUGUAACAUCAACAAGCAUUGUAACUCUCAUCCGGACUGUACAGAAUACCUUGGAAUACACAUGAUAUCAAAUGAA